AUGGCCGUGCCAGAAGCCCGGAUACGCCCCUUCAAGGUUGAGGAGAAGAGACUCGUCAAUUUCCUCAUCGCAAAAGGCGACAUGGAGGCUCUGGCAACUGCAAACAGGCGUGGCAAGUGUGGUCUGUACUUUCAUCCACUAUCUCUGGCACUAUGGAUUGGUCUGUCUUGCGUGUUCAUCCAGCUCACCGGGAUGUGGCCGAAGCCAGAGCAGGGCUUUCUCGGUUAUGCGAGCCCGGUCCCGGGAUUAGCGGCCAUUGCCGUUCCCUUAAUGUUUCUCUGUGACUGGAUCAACCGGCCAAUAUUCGAGGAACAAGCAGACGACGAUUUACGUCGGCCUGAUUUAAUCGACGUUCCCUCCUACUAUUCUCGCUCCCCAUCUUCUGGGUUCUGGAUCCUCGAAUUUAGCGACAAGGUUGUCGGAUUUAUCGCCGUGGAUGCUUCCCUUGAUUCUACAUCCGACAAAACUAUCGCAUCGUCACCCGCUCCUAUCAAACGGAAAGAUGGAAGAGUCAAAUAUUCGGAAGGCACAUCUAAGAUGGCGACUAUACGCCAUUUUUAUGUUGAUGAGCCUUAUAGGACAGUUGAUAUCCAAAGCGACCUGCUCUCUCACGCGGUUCAGCAAGUUUUUGCCUCAAGUCCUGUGGUUGAACGAAUCCGUGCAUCUGAGACUCCGUUGAAGUCAUAUAUUGGAAACGCUCUGCGGAAGUGUGGUUUUGAGUUCGAGCUCAACACGGAGAAAGUGGGGGUACUGAGAUGGCAGAACACAAUACAGGUUCUCAAGAGGCAGACAUGGAAAAAGAGAAGUGCAACAUAG